GCACAAGUAUUUGGUGUGCUCUUUGGCCCUACAAUUUCACACUUUUUGCAAUUAUCUCAAUACAAAUUCCGGAAUUGGGCAAAAUCAACAUAAUGAAUGAUCAUAAUUUCACGUUGUGUGAAAGAAUUAUACCUUCAGCUUAUGUUGAUCAGGCGCUUCAAGCCAGGCGAUCGCGAGAAAACCAGAUAAAAGUACUUCUAGAGCACAGAAAAUGGCCUGAGGAAGGAUGGGAUGAGGCUACCAUUGAGAUGCUGCUGCAGGAGCUGUCGAUGAUGGACAGUAACAACUUCCCAGGCAACUGUGGUAUUGGAGAGAGAGAGGCAAGGUUUGCUUCUUCCUUAGUGGCUAGAAGACACUUCAGACUGGGUCAUGGUAUUGGUCGCUCAGGAGACAUAACUGCCAUUCAACCAAAGGCUGCUGGCUCUAGUCUUAUCAUGAAAAUCACAAAUAGUAUGGUGCUAGAUCUGUUAAAAGUCACAGGUAUUCCUUCUGUCGCUGCCUGUUUUGUUGUUCCCAUGGCAACAGGCAUGAGCCUCGUCUUAUGUUUUCUGACGCUGAGACUUCAGCGCCCUGGUGCUAAGUAUAUACUCUGGCCUAGGAUUGAUCAGAAGUCGUGCUUUAAGUCAAUGAUUACUGCAGGGUUUGAGCCUGUUGUGAUUGAGAACAUCCUUGAAGGCGAUGAGUUGAGGACAGAUAUGGCAGCAUUAGAAGCAAAAGUAGAGGAACUGGGUGCUGAGAAUAUUCUGUGUGUAAUGUCGACGACGAGUUGCUUUGCUCCAAGAGCGCCCGAUAGACUCGUGGACAUUGCCAAAUGUUGUGCCAAAAAUGAUAUUCCCCAUGUACUCAAUAACGCUUAUGGAAUCCAAUCAUCGUCAAUCACUCAUCAAAUACAACAGGCUCACAAACACGGCCGUCUGGAUGUUUUUGUUCAGAGUACUGACAAGAACCUAUUGGUGCCUGUCGGAGGGACUGUGAUAGCUGGCUUCAAGCCAAAAUUUAUUGAUGAAAUAGGAAAGACAUACCCCGGUCGCGCGUCGGGGACACCCUCUCUCGACGUCUUCAUCACGCUGUUGUCCUUGGGGGUCAAAGGUUACAAGAACUUGCUUAAGGAACGUAAAGAAACUUACAAAUAUUUAUCGGAAGAGUUAUCAAAAUGUGCCCAGCUCCAUGGAGAAAGAUUGCUGUCUAUUCCACACAAUCCUAUAUCAGUGGGUAUGUCGCUUACGCCACCCAAUGGCUUAGAGAAUAACAAAUCAGUCACGCAAUUUGGUUCGAUGCUGUUCACAAGAUGUAUCUCAGGGACAAGAGUUGUGCCGCCAGGCGAAUCGAAGACAGUCAGUGGUUACACUUUCACAGGAUUCGGAUCCCACAUGAACCGUUACCCAUGCGCCUACCUCACUGCUGCUGCAUCGAUAGGGAUCACGAAAGCAGACGUCGAUCUGUUUGUUAAGAGACUGGAUAAAGUUCUAGUGAAAUGGAAAGAACAGUUCAAAGGAAAGGUGUUGGGGAUGGCAGCCUCGCCUUUACAGGACGAUGAUAAAUCGGACAAGAUAAAAAAAGAAAAUGGUGCUUCAGGAAAUGAAAAUGGUGCAACAGAAACCUAAUUUUAAUUUAAAAAUGUAGAGUUCAGAUGCAGAAGCAGGAAGCAGGCCUUUAUCAUGUUUAUAGCAUCACUUUUCCCUUGAUGAAAUAAGAAUACUAUCAGAGUGUCUGCUUCGAGUUGCCAGAUCGCACGGGUUGAUUUUCUUUGCCCUCAGAAAGCUCAAGACAGCAUGUCGAGAGUUUUCAGGCCGGAGAAAAUUAACGAAAAGACAGCAAUGAAUGUGACGUGAAGUUGUGAAGGGGGAAUCGCAGAUUGCAUCCUAGCUCGUGCCAUAAUUCCUUCAGACUUUCUUGCACUUUUUUUGUUUAAAACCACAGAUCUUUAUGUCCCGGCUUCCAUGCCCCUUUGGGGAGUCUCAAGAUCAGUAGAUCAGAGGCUGUAAUGGCCUCAGUUGCUCUCCUUAUACAGUGAUAUCGUCUGGUGUGAUAGUGAUGGUUCACUGCUGAGAGAUCGGGGAGACCUCUCCUGUUAUCUAGAUGUACUAAUUCCUCAAGCAGUCAGUGAUACAGAGGUGACUGUGAUUGAUCUUACAUUCCAAUUGUUAAACAGUUAAUGGUGUCGCCCUGGAAAAUCUAUUCCCCAGAUUGCUGAGAAACUUAUCGGGCCUUCCAAAACUUACCGAGCAGCCAAACCUAGAUGGUGCUACUUGAGCCCUGGGAGAAUGGCUGCCUCACUAGACAAAUGGCAAAAAUGUGCAAUCAUUGGUAAAUUUUCUGAAAUAAACUGUGACCAUCUGGUAACAAGGACAUCAUAUGCACUGAAUUUCGAGGUAAAUUAACCAGCAGGUUACUCCAUGGUGCAUGCAUAAAAUCAAUCCACUGAUGGAAACGCCAGAGGAGUAUAAGGGAGGUUACCAGGACGUGUUGGCCUUAAUGUUAAGUCCAAGUGGCGACGUGUGCAGACGAUUGAUCCAGGAAGACUCUGGAGAGUCUUUUGGCCUUGGCAAUUGUGCCAUCUGGGGCGAUGUACAUAAGUUCUAGGACAUAGAUUGAGAAGUCCUGGAGGCCAUGAUGAUCUGGGAGGUUGAAAUGAUGUCCUAUGACAUCCGUUGCAAUGUUUUUGGUAAAAAACAAUCCAUGCUUAUUUUCCAAUUUGUUCGCUAACCAUAGGACAAACCACCAGCGCAUUUUUCUCCAUGUUUGAUUGAAAUCAGUGGCUUGAAGAACCUCAUUACCAGAUGAACACAACAAAAGACUUCUACAAGACAGUUUUUCCAACUUUAUUGAACAACAUUUUCCUUUCCAAGGACAGGUCAGCUCAGCAAACUGGAAGGCCUGCCUGAUUCUCGGCGAUCUGGGGAAGUGCUUCUCCAAGGUGGGUAAGGGUGGUUAAACUGCUGUAUUAGGGAGCUAAGAGGUAUAAUGUUAAGGAACCUUACUUAUAUGAA